CCUUCCUUUUCUCAAGUCAGUUGUGAGUGAAACACGUACCAGUGAUCAAGGUGUUCUAUCCCUGUUCCAUUGUGACAAGUACAUCGCUCAGAACAUCUAGUGCCCGGACUCGAACCCAACGUGAACACCAUGGUCUCUCAGGGCCUUUUGGCCGUCUUCGUGGUAUGUCUUCUACUGGACUUGGCCACUUCGUCAACAUUUGAGUCGACAACGUCUGAGCACCACGAUCCAAUGGUUGCCAUGAUCUGCCCUGAGAAGCAAGGUGACAAACUCAAUCGCUUAUUCCAUAACCAAUACAUGACGACAAGUGGCAAAUGGGCGACUGAUUUUGACCACAAGUCCACUUGCCGCACAGACAAGGUGGAAAUCUUGGAAUAUUGCAAGAAGGUCUAUCCCGACAUGGACAUCAAUAACAUCGUGGAAGGCAGCCAUUACGUCAAGAUUGGAAAUUGGUGUAAGCUCGGACGGAAGAAGUGCAAGAGUCCAUCUCGAUGGGUUAAGCCUUACAGAUGUUUGGCUGGAGCCUUCCAAAGUGAUGCUCUCCUGGUCCCGGAACACUGUCUUUUCGAUCAUAUCCAUAACCAAACACGGUGCUGGGAUUUUGACAAAUGGAAUCAGACCGCGGCCAAUGCUUGCCAAGAGCGCGGUAUGAAAGUGAACAGCUUUGCCAUGCUCUUGCCCUGCGGAAUCGACGUCUUCUCAGGGGUCGAGUUUGUCUGCUGUCCUAAACACGGAGAUCGUCCAAAGGCUGUUCCCGCCAAGAAAGAAAAACCCAUCUCCUCGGCUUGGCCUAAUGAGCUCAAGCUUCAAGAAAUUGAGAAGAAAUCGGAUACCAAUGAGGAGUACUAUGAGGAUGACGAUUGGGAUGAAGAAGAGUACGAGGAGGAGGAUGACGAUUGGUGGGAUGAUGAGGACGAUGACGAUACCUUCGAUGAUGAUGAGUACGACGAUGAGUACUACGACGACGACAUUGAGACCUCGAAGAAAGCGGGUGAUAUUCAAGUUGCCGUACAUUUCCCACAGGAGGAAGGAUCCUCGUCCGUUUCCACCUCGUCCCCAACCAGCAGUACUACUUCAACCACGACCACGACUACUACGACAACCACCACGACUACAACCACGGCUAGACCCACAGCUGACCCCUACUUCACCCAUUACGACCCCAAGGAGGAACAUGAUUCCUACAAAGCAGCUGAACACCGAUUUGAGGAUCGUCACCGAGCCAAGGUGUCCCAGGUCAUGAAAGACUGGUCCGACCUAGAAGAGAAGUACCAGGACAUGCGUGCCAAGGAUUCCAAGGCCGCCGAGGAUUUCAAGAAACAGAUGACUGAACGUUUCCAAAAGACAGUCCAAGCCCUAGAGGAGGAAUCUCAGGCCGAGAAAAGGCAGCUUCAAGCCAUGCAUCAACAACGCGUGAUCUCUCAAAUCAACCAAAAAAAGAAACUCUCCAUGGUUUGCUUCACGAACGCACUCAACCAAAGCCCUCCCAACACUCACCGCGUCCAGAAAUGUCUGCAAAAGCUUCUCCGGGCUCUGCAUAAGGACCGUCACCACACCAUUCAACACUACAAACAUCUUCUGGAAACAACUUUUGAGCAGGCCGAGCGUGAGCGUGAAAUCACUAUCGAUCAUCUGUCCGAUAUCGACCGCUUGGUCAACGAAUCGUUGGAGAUGCUUUCUCGUUACCAGGAUAUGAAUGUGAAGAUCCUACCUUUGAUGGAGGACUACUUGAUUGCUCUCCGAUCCCGAGAUAACACCCCAGCCGCAUUGAUCCGCAUGGACAAGGAUCAUGAGGCCUUGAUGAUCGACAACUAUACAAGCGACAUUCAGCGCAAGAUCAAAGAGCGUGAAAUGGAGCGAAUGGAGGAGAAGAAGCAGCGCAUUGAAGAGCGUAAGAAGGAGGAGAAAGUCUCCGAGACCAGUUCCACUCACUCCGAGACUGUGGAUACCACGGCCCUGCCUCCAGCCAUGGACUUGGGCGUUGUUGAAUCGGGAAAGAAAUCCCUGAAGAUCGAGGUUCACGCCACGGCUACUCACCACCAUGAACAGCUGGAACCGGUUAUUUCUCAUGCCCAGACUCACGAAAUCUCUCAUUCCUCGUCCGGAUUUUCCAUCCGACGUGUGGACAUGAAGGAGGAUAAUUCGGUGUACAUGACUCUGGCCUUCGCCGGAGUGGCCUUGAUGGCCGCCAUGGUGGCUGGAAUGGUGGUUAUGAGGAAGAGGAAUGCUAAGCACCCCCAUCAUCAGUUGGUGUCGGUUCAAACCACUCGCAUCAGUAAUUUCAAUCGGAAGGGUUUCGUUGAAGUGGAUCAAACCGCCAGCCCUGAGGAACGCCAUGUGGCAGCCAUGCAAAUGAACGGAUAUGAGAACCCAACUUACAAGUACUUUGAGGCCUCCAGCACCUAAGACUGUCUUUGAGCGGCCAGGACAUCCUCAAAACUUGAAAUCCAUCCGUACUAAGACGACAAAUAACACCCGACAGCAAAUGCAGAUUCAAUCUGAAGAAAGUUGCCAAGAAAGAAGGCGUUCUGUUCUCGCUUUUGGCAAAUUCAAGCAAACAACCUUUAUGUACCCUUUCCCCUCCAAGAAUUUCCGUUAUGGUCAGAUCUCAACCACCAGAUUUUCUUUCAAUCUUGUGUUGCCGUGGCAAUUCCCCAAACUAACAAUGCAAUCCUAACGUUUCAGUUCUAAUUCAUCUUGGUCCUCCUCAUUCACAUCCAACAAAUCUUCUUCAUCCUAGUCGUUGAUCUGUAUUGUCAAUCCUGCUUUCGAGGACACACGUUUCAACCCGUUACUGAUUGGGAAACAACUUUUUGAGAAUCACCCAACCUCACACCACCAUUGCAUACAAACACGUACUCCGUGCGUUUGCUCCUGCUAUGAAGUAUACAGUAAAAAUGGAUGUCAUUGAUGUGUACAAUACGGACAAGAUCCACAUCCUCAAACGACCUCGAUUUGCCGUCCUCGGACGACCAACCGAGGAUCGCUCUCUCACAGUUAAGCUCUUCAGGUCUUGCUUUGUCAAAUACAAUGAAUUGUUCAGUUCAUUUCGUGCGAGGCCGAGGUUGCGACCCUCUGAGGCCCUUUCUUUUUGGUUGGACCUCUCGCCCUUUGGUCAUCAACAUUAUCUUUCGCCUCUUGACAAGAACUCUCUCGUUCGUUCUUGUCAAGAAAUUUGGUUCAACUUUACCCCGUUCCGAGCUUAGUUGAAAAAAAAAAACUGUUUGAUUGAUGAUCCUUCUUUCAACCCAUUAGCACCCAUAUUUCUUGAGCUUUAACAGACUAAUUGAUUAAUCCUCUCACUCAUGUGAUUCGCCUCUUUGACUUCUUCGAAUCUGCUUGAGACUGUUGCAAGCGAGCACCUUUAACUCAACAACUCUAUUUGUCUAGUUCACUUGGUGUGUGAAUUUUGAGAGAAAUAGUGAUGCUGAAAAAUUUAGAUUUGAACAACCCUCCUCGAUUAUCCAUCUCUCUUUCUCUCUAAAAGAAGUUUCUGUUGUAUUGUUGACAAAAGAAAAGGAAAUACUUUGAUCAUAUUUCACUACUCCUUCUAUUAUCAAUUAUUAUGUCUUGUGGUCACAAUUGUUACUAAUAUCCUUCUCAAAAAGUAAUUUGGAAAAUCGACACAUUCAUUACUGUUACAACUCACAACCAAUUGAGACAAAAUCCAUUCCAUAGAUUGGCCAGAAAAAAAGGAAAAAACAAAAAAACGCAACCUGGACAAAGUUUGAAGUAAUACUUAGUCAUCUAUGUAGUAAUUUUUUGCCAGAUUUAAUGUACCUAAACAUUUUUUCAAUAAAAACUCUUAAAACCAA